UAUUGUAAAUCAUAGCUCGCCUUUGUCAAGUAAACGUCUUAGAUUGACUAACCUAAAGAUCUGAAGAUGAAGUUCACCGUUAUUUUUCUAACUACAGUGUUAUUUCUGGUUACCACAAACGCGAAUGGCCAGGCUCUGGACGUGGAUCGGCGAAUCGUGGCGGCCGAGCUGGACUCUCCUCGCAAGGUGGAGUAUUACGCGUCGUGCGCCUCCGGCCAGGGAAGCUGCGAUACAAGAGGCCUUCAGCUGCGCACAUACAUUCCCAUUGUCGAAAGAGGCCAAAGGUGCUUCAGGUGUUCGCCGCGAGAGAACAGGAACCUUCGCCUGAUGGUCUCCACUCUGCAACGUCGCUAUCCUCGCUGUUGGCAGAUCCUUGUGCUGGCUGGCGGCGCAGAGACCUGCCCACUCCUUCGGCUCGCGGAUGCGCUAGCUAAAUGUAGGAUUCUCCGAGUCCUGCCUGAGUAG